AUGAAAGCAUUUCUUUGCUUUGGUUUAAUUGGGCUUGUGCUCUCACAGGUCUCAAUCCCAAUUUUCUCAAUCUACGACACUCCUGAUGCUGCAUAUGCUCACUUCAAGAGACUUCAAGUACGCGAACGAUUGGUUAAGAAUUCCAAUGUUCCUUUAACGAAUUAUCUGGACGCCCAAUAUUAUGGGCCAGUUCAAAUUGGAACUCCACCUCAGAACUUUUUACUGACCUUUGAUACAGGAUCCUCUGAUAUCUGGGUUCCUUCAAGUUCUUGCUAUUCAACUACUUGCCACCUCCACAAUCAAUACAACCACAGCAAAUCUACCACCUAUGUCGCUAGUGGUAAAAAAGUUGCUUUUGACUAUGGACAAGGAGAAGUCUCAGGAUUCCUUUCAAUGGACACCCUUACAUGGGGCGGCUACACUAUUCCAAACGUUACUUUUGGAGAAAUCACCUAUAUGCCUGGCUCUGAAUGGGGAUCAGAUAAAAAUGACGGACUUCUUGGAAUGGCUUGGCCUUCACUUGCCUGUGCUGAAUGCACACUUGGAUUUUCAAAGCUGUUUGCUACUGGUGCUUUGGGGACUAAUAACACCUUUGCAUUUUAUUUGACUUCUGGAGACUUGCAGACUGGAAGCGUUUUGACAUUAGGAGGGUAUGACCCAACCUUAUCAAAGAACGACUGGACUUGGCAUAAUUUAUUAUCCCAAACUUAUUGGCUGAUUAGCCUUGACUACAUCACUGUUGGAACAACAAAAAUUGCGGUUUCAGGAAUGCAAGGAAUUUUAGACACCGGCACAACUCUACUUGUAGGAGACCAAACCGUUGUAAACCAGAUUCUUGCUAAAAUCCCUACAGUAAAAGAAAACUGCUCAAAUGUUUCUAAGCUUCCUAAUGUGACUGUCACUAUUGAUGGAACUAAUUUCCUUUUGACUCCUCAAAAUUAUGUUUGGAAAAUCCACGCUUAAUUAGACUUAUGCACACUAACUACCUUUGUUCACAGCCGCACGUCAAAGUAGGUAGCCCAACAAUGAAAAUUCAAAAGGUUUAAAUUGUAAGCUGACUCAAGCAAAGAUGGAAAAGGAGCGUUACGCUGGGAAGCUUUCCUGAUUAGCCAAAGAAAAAUAGCUGGCACUACUGGAAGAUUCCUUACAACUCUCAGCUUCAUUUCCCAUAAAGAAAAACUUGAUCCUGGAUUGAUCUUGGGUUCAUCUGCUCAGAGUUACCACUCUACCUAUGUCAAGACAACCUUUUCGGAUACACUUGAUUAGAUGCCCAGUCUCACUUACUCGAGGUGACCUCUUGAGGGAGAGCAGGCCUGAGAGGAGCAACUGGAAGACCUUAGGCAUGCUGGGAUCACAGAGGAGAUCGCGCAGGAAAUCGAAUGGCAGAUUUCUGAGAAGGAAAGAAAGGACCUUCUGCUGGAGCAAGAGGCUUGGCGCACAACAGCGAUGGUCAUUGAAUCAUCCGGCUGCUAAAAGGCGGCAGAGUUUUCUGCGUGGCGGGCCUGAAGGAAGGUCGCCGCGGUGGAAUUCUGCCUCACGGGGGAAGGACCUGAUGGCCUGAGAAGAGAAAAAAUAUGGCCUGUGCCGAUCUUUAAAACCCGUUGGCCUCAGGAGUUGCCGGCGUGAGUUGUGGAGCUGAUGUUGGCGAGGUUUUGGAGCUGCUGUUGGCGUUUUUGUUGUGUGCCUUGGGCACAAUAAAGCAUUGGGAAGUUAUGAAGAAGCAAUUAAACUUGAACCAGACUAUGCAGAUGCAUAUAACAAUAGUAGGAUAGGGAUAAGCAUAAUUUUCUUCUUACUCGAGGUUCCUGUACUCUGUUGAGUUAGUGUUACUAAAAGAUUUAAGACGGUGGCCUUAUUCAACAGCCAUUUUAAUGCAUAAAUGUUUGGAAAGUCACUUCUGAAGGGCAAACUCAGUGCAUUAAUGGAUGGCAAGCUGAAGAUUUCUCUGGCACCCCGCUUGCUAACACCAUCAUUUUGGGAGACCUUUUCAUCAGCACUUACUAUACUCAGUUCGACAUGGGAAAUAAAAGACUCGGCUUUGCAACUGCAGUUUAA